AUGCAAAAACCCCUCGCUCUCCUAGUGAUCAUUCUGACUGGAGUUGCUUCUAGCCCAUUUCCUUGGAAAAAGAGAAAUGAACGCUUUCACAAACUCCUACUGAUCUCUUUCGAUGGAUUCCGGUGGAACUAUGAUCAGGAUGUCGACACCCCAAAUUUUGACAAUUUAGUCAAGGAAGGAGUAAAGGCAAAGUAUAUAACACCUCCUUUUGUGACCAUGACUUCGCCAUCUCAUUUCACAACCAUCUCUGGUCGUUGGGUCGAAGACCAUGGGGUGAUCCAUAAUAUGAUGUUCAACACAGAGACGCUGAGAAAAUACAGCCACAAGGCGACGCAGAACAAGACAGAAUGGUGGGACAACGGAGUGCUUCCGCUGUGGAUCACAGCUCAGAAUCAGGGGAAAAAAACAGCCUCAUUUCACUAUCCAGGGGGAGGGGCUAAUUACAGCGGUCAGUCGGUUGAUAGGAGCUUGGUCGAAUCCUUCGACCACCCUGACAGCAAUGAGACCGAAUGGCGAGAGAAUAUUGAUAUCGUCAUGAACUGGUUCACCAGGGAAGAUUUCGAUUUUGUCACGCUGUAUUAUGGCGAGCCCGAUCAUGUAGGUCACAUGUUUGGCCCUGAAACUGAAAACAGGAAAAUGAUCAUCCGACAGAUUGACCAGACCAUCGGCUACCUGAGGGCAGCGAUUGAAAAGCAUGGCUUGAAUGAUACCCUUAAUGUCAUAAUUACAUCUGAUCACGGUAUGACGACCAUCAAGAAAAAACCAGCUGUUGAGGAGAUCUUUUUGGCCAAUUACACUAGUUUCAAGGACUUGGUGAAGUUUGACAUUCUAGACUACGGGGGUUUUGGUAUGAUCCUGCCUAAACCAGGGAAAGAAGAAGAAAUUUAUCAAGCUUUGAAGUAUGCCCACCCUCACCUCAAAGUAUACAAAAAGGAAGAGUUUCCGGAAGAAUUCCAUUAUGCAAAACACGAACGAGUUUUGCCAAUCUUGCUUUAUGGAGAUCCUGGUUAUAGUGUCAAUGGGAGGCUUAUCUUAUAUAUUAACAAAGGAGAUCACGGAUUUGACAACAAAGACUCAGAUAUGAAGACCAUAUUUAGAGCUUUCGGCCCUGACUUCAAAAAGGGUUACUUAGCUGAACCUUUCGACAGCAUUCACAUUUAUCCACUGAUGUGCCACCUUCUGGGAGUCCAACCAGAACCCAACAACGGCUCACUAGCAUUAACUCGGGACAUGCUCAAUUCUGCAGCAUCAAGGCAUCUCCUUCUACCCAUAAUUGUAGGUGUGGCCAUAGUGGCCCAGUUUGUGAUAUCCAUUUGA